AUGACUCAGAUCUACCAGCACAUCCUGGCCUUGGUAUUUGCAGUAAAGGAAAUCAGUGAGAAUCCUCAGCUUUUACCCAACAUCACCUUGGGAUUUGACAUCUAUAACAACUAUUUCCAUCCAGUCCAGACCAUCCAAGCCUCCAUGGAACUUCUCUCCACACAGGACAGAUUCAUCCCGAACUAUAAAUGUGACACACAGAACAAUCCAGUAGCAGUUAUUGGGGGACCCAACUCCAAUAUCUAUCUUCAUAUGGCAACCAUCCUGUGCAUGUACAAGAUUCCACAACUCAUUUAUGGUUCUACUCCAGAUGUGAACAACAAAGCAGAAGAUGUUUUCUUCCACUGGAUGUUCCCCAAUGGGGCUCAUCAGUACUAUGGCCUUCUCCGGUUAUUACGGUAUUUCCGGUGGGUAUGGAUUGGAGUGAUUUAUCUGGAUGUCGACAUUGAAAAAACAUUUAUACACAAUGUACUUCCCAUGUUUUCCCAAAAUGGAAUCUGCUUUGACUUCAUACAAUCAUUACCAAAAAUGAGUUCCACUAUUGACAUCACAAAAUACGUAAAUGAAGAAAUCGAGCUAUGCCACGUUGUCAUGAGAAGCACUGCUACUGUGGUGGUUUUUCAUGGUGAAUUUCAGACCACAAUGAGGUUGAGAAGUUUACUCCAUUAUGCAGAAUUUGAGGAGUUACCAGUGAAGACAAAAGGUAAAGUCUGGAUCAUGACAGCCCAGAUGGACUUCACGUCAGACGCCUAUCAAAGACUUUGGGACGUAGACUUCAUCCAUGGUGCUCUAUCCUUUGCAGUUCACUCCAAGGACAUGCUAGGAUUCCAGAAAUUUCUCUGUCUCAGACACCCUUCCAUUCAAAAAGUGGAUGGUUUUAUCGGGGACUUCUGGGAACAUGCAUUUAACUGCUUCUUUCCUGACAGAAAGGUUAGGGGAAUCUGCACUGUGUUAGACAAGAAUGUUGAAGAAAUGUGCACAGGGACUGAGAAGCUGGAGGCCCUUCCUAGCUCUGUCUUUGAAAUGAGCAUGACUGCCCACAGCUACAGCACUUACAACGCGGUGUACGCAGUGGCACAUGCUUUGCAGACCAUGCAUUCAUCGAAAUCCAAGCAUGUACCUGGGAAGGAUGGAGGGGAAGGGACACGUCAAAAUUGGCAGCUGUGGCAGGUUCAGCCCAUUUCUCAGUGUAAUGAGGAGUGCCAUUCUGGAUAUAAUCAAAGAAAGAAAGAAGGGAAGCCCUAUUGCUGCUAUGAUUGCCUUCCAUGUCCAGAAGGAAAGAUUUCAAACCAGAAUGAUCUGGGCAACUGUUUUCAAUGUCCGGAAGAUCAUUACCCAAAUGACAAACAGGAUCUGUGCCUUCCGAAAGUUAUAACCUUUUUGUCUUAUGAGGAGCCCUUGGGGACCAGCUUGUCCAUUUUCUCUCUCUCCUUUUCUUUCAUCACAGUUUUGGUGCUCGGAAUAUUCAUGAAGUACCACAACACACCCAUCAUCAAAGCCAAUAACCGGCAUCUCUCCUACACUCUUCUUAUCUCCCUCCUCUUUUGCUUCCUUUGUGCUCUACUCUUCAUUGGCCGACCCGAGAAGGCGACGUGCCUCCUUCGACAAACGACAUUUGGAAUUGUUUUCUCAGCGGCUGUCUCUUGUCUGUUGGCCAAAACCCUCACUGUAGUUCUCGCAUUUCUUGCUGCCAAGCCUGGAUCCAGCAUGAGGAAAUGGUUGGGGAAAAAACUGACAACCUCCAUUGUCCUUGCCUGCUCCCUAACUCAGGUUGUUCUUUGCAGCAUGUGGCUGGCCAAAUUCCCCCCAUUCCCUGAUCUUAACAUGCACUCCGUAAGGGGAGAAAUCAUAGUGGAAUGCAACGAAGGGUCAGACAUCAUGUUUUAUUGUGUCCUGGGCUACAUGGGCUUCCUGGCCUUUGUCAGUUUUGUUGUGGCUUUCCUUGCCAGGAAGUUACCAGACACUUUCCAGGAAGCCAAGUCUAUUACCUUCAGCAUGCUCCUGUUUUGCACGGUCUGGCUGUCCUUUGUUCCAACCUACCUGAGCACAAAGGGGAAGUAUAUGGUGGCCAUGGAGAUCUUCUCCAUCUUGGCCUCCAGUGCUGGAGUACUGAGUUGUAUUUUUUUCCCUAAAUGCUACAUCACUAUGAUAAGACCUGAUCUGAACAAAAGGGAGCAGAUGAUAAAGAGGGGGAAAUGA